GGCGGGGCAGUGCCCACUCCCGCCGGCCGCCCUCACAAGGCCCAGGCCGCCUCCUUCCCACAAGGCCCAGCAGGGCCGCCCUCACACCUGCCCCGCCCUGCCCUGCCCCGCCCGGCCCCACCCUGCCCCGUGGCCUCUGUCACACCCCACGCUGACGUGCUGAGCCUUCCACCAGCCAUUGUGACGCCACAGGCGCCAGUCGGGCACGGCUUUGUUGGUGCCCGCAGCCGGCGCCCAGAGCUGCUGUAGCCUCUCGGGGAGCAGCAGCACAUCCCGCUCGGGGAGCAUUGCGCGCCUGCAUCGCCGUCUUGGCAGCUGCAGGCCACGACCACUGCGCAGGGCGACCUCGUCUGCCUUGUGCUUCAUACCCUGUGCCCGUCCUUAUUCUCGUCCCCUUUGUCACCCUCCCCCUAAACCUCGCCCCGUCCCAUUCCUCAUCCCCACUUGGCUCCCGGCAGCCCGCCGGGGCCUUCUUGCCCUUCCUGCUGCUGGGAGCUCCAAGCAGGGCCAUGCCGUGGCUUCUGAGCAAGAAGCGACGGCAGUCGCCCUCCAGCAGCCCCAGUGGGCAGCCCUGGGCUGCCACCAGCUCCAGCAGCGCCUCCCAGCUCCGGGAGCAGGGGCUGGGCAGGCUGCACCGCGCGGCCGCCCGCGGUGACCUGGGCUGGCUGAGGCGCUGGCGCUGGUACGUCAAGGUAGUCGGCAUCGACAGGCCAGACCAGGAGAUGCGGACACCUCUGCAUCUGGCUUCAGCCAAUGGCCAUGCAGAUGUCGUCAGAUAUCUGCUAAGAAAGAACAGCCAGCCCAACCUCACUGACAACUUCAAGAGAACAGCCCUGAUGAAGGUGUGUGGAAUGCCUUCUGAGCUUGGAGGUGGGGCUCAGUGCUGGGGUGUUAAAGGGGAGGUGUCUGGCAGGAUUCCUUGCAGGGCGGGGCCAUAG